UGAUACCUGGAGUGUGUUUGGAGGCGAGAGCGAAAGUUUUGAGUACAUUGCUGGCUGAUACUGCAUAGCAGAGGAGAUCUGAGAGCAGGCCACCGUUUGAGUCAGUAUGAAUGUUCCCUUCAGUCCCAGGCGUGAACCAGGACCUGACCUUUCCUGUCUGCAGCUGUACAAUAAGUGGCUGGCAUGUAGGCAUAAGACCAGUCUGCUGCCCAUGAAAGAAGAUCUAGCUAUUUGGCUGAACAGAAUCCUUGGUUUGGAUAUAACAGCAGAUAACUUAAUGGACAGCCUGGACACUGGGGUGGUCUUAUGUCAGCUUGCUGAGGAACUUCAAGAGAAAAUGAUUUUGGCUGACAAUGGCAAGCCCUUUAUUCGGCAUGUGAUUCGUUGGCGGGCUGAUGCAACCUCUGGGUCAUUCUUUGCCCGGGACAAUGCAGCUAACUUUCUAUACUGGUGCUGUAAAAUUGGGAUGGUGCAGUCACAUCUCUUUGAAUCUGAAGAUCUAGUUCUUCAGAAGCAUCCCAGAGAUGUGUGCUUGUGUCUUAUGCAACUUGGGAGAAUUGCUUCAAGGUAUGGAGUUGAGCCUCCAGCACUGGUCAAGCUUGAGAGAGAAAUUGAGAAAGAAGAUGAGUCUUUGUCACCUUCCAUGUUUUUUGACUCGCCUUUCCCCUCUCCGUCAAAUCCACCUCUCUUUCUCCCUCCUGAUCCAGACCAACUUCCAAUCUUAACACCAUCUCCUCUCCCCACAUCUGUUUCUUCUGCCACCCCAUCUACCUUGCCAACUCCUUUCCCUCCUCUAGACCCCUCUCCCUCUCCUCCUCUGGUCCCUACUCCUCCCCCAGAGUUAAUUUCCCUGUCUUCCAACUUCUCUGACUCAAACACCAAGUCAGAACCUCAGACAGCUUUACCCACCAUACCAUCCCCCAUCAGCACACCUGUAAAAUCCCCACCAUCCACUCCCAUAAACUUCAUCACGAACACCAAUGGGAAAAAGAGCACUGGCUGCCUGCUGGAUCAAAUUGUGAGGCAGAUAUCAGAGGACCCACCAUGCAAAUGUCCAGUCAAAUUCUGUAUUGAGAAGCAGCCAAAAGGCCAUUAUCGUGUUGGAGACAAAGUCCUCUAUGUCAGGAUGUUAAAUGAUAAACAUGCCAUGGUGCGAGUUGGUGGUGGAUGGGAGACCUUUGGUACGUACUUGCUAAAGCAUGACCCAUGCAGAAUGACUGUGAUCACAAGGCUUGGGACCAAAACAUACAAGUCUAACGGCAAGUCCCCGGUCAAGAGAGAGCUGUCACGGGACAGUUAUCUGGUCGUAGGUACUCACUCCCACUUUAAGAAUUAAAUCUAUAUGUUCUGAUUAGCAAGGAUGACUAACUAACUCUGUCUCUGUUAAAUCAAGAGUAGACUGAAUACAUAAUUUUUUCGAUGGGAGGGAAGCAGCACAGGUGGCUUUUUAAUCUUUUAAUGAAUCUUUCCUUUUAGUGUUUGUUUUUUUUUUUUCGUAGAGUUAAAUGAAUAUUGAUGUAUGUUUAGCAGAUUGUUAGAAUUUUGAUUUGAAAUGAUUUCUUUUUAUCUCUUGUUAUUUUAUUGAAACAUUUACCAUUUAUAGAGGCCAUCUGCUGACUGUUUGAAUUUACAGAGACAUGUCAUGUCUUUGAGGAUCUUUUCUACUGUAAAUGGAGUUUGACAAUGUUCCAGUCAUCCUCUAGGUGGCACUCUGUAUCAAAUUAUGAACUGUAUUUAAAAUUAUGCAUGAAACUACUGCAAUACAAUUGCUCUGUGUAGAAGAUUGUCUAGAGGGCUGAGGACAUUAUAUAAACUGGGUAGAUUACUUCUGAAUUGCAAUCUGGUACUGAUAAUUAUAUGAGUAUAAUUUUAGUCAGUAACGUAAUCUUUUGGAUCACAAUUGUAGGUAAUCUAAUUUGACUGUUUUUGGAUUACUUCUGACCUAUUUUUUUUAUUUGAUGUCACAUGCAUUUGAGUAGGAUGGUACAAUUUAGACAUAGUGCUUAAAUGCAUUAAAGAAAACAUUUCAGUGUGUGUGUCUCUAAUUAUCUGACACUUAAUAUUUAAUUUUGGCAUUAGAAGCACAAUCCAUUUGUGGUAACACAUCAGACCAGUUAUAUUUGGAAUCAUCAUCACCAAAAAAAGUCUGGAAAGUUGUGGCAAAAGCCCAUUCUUGUACAUUUUUGAAGCGGAGUACAAAAGCAAUUUGCAAAACUAAUGUAAUCCCUUCAUUUAUGUGUGGAUUACAGCUACAUCUUCAGUAUAAUUAUGGCCAUUCAAAACACUUGAAGGUUUAAUGUACAUUUAUCA